AUGGACUUAGAGAAUUUAGUAAGAAGUGUCUCAGACCAUGCUCCAAUGUUGUUACAGUAUAGCAGGUCAAGUGAACAGCUAAUCAAACCAUUCAGAUUUUUCAAUUUCUGGUUGAAGGAAGAAUCAUGCAUGGAGGUUAUUAGGCAGAAUUGGAAAACUGAUAUUGAAGGUAAUCCCUUUGUUAUGUUUCAUCAAAAAUUAAAGAGAACUAAAGUUGCUUUGACUGAGCGGAGUAAACAAACUUUUGGAAACAUGUUCCAAGAGAUUGCCACACUAGAGGAUGUGAUUAAAGUAAGAGAGAAACAGUUUGAAGCGGAAUCUAUAGGGAUCAAUAGAGCUAAGCUGUCACAAUCACAAAUAGAAUUAGCAAUACGAUUGAGAAAAGAGGAGGACUUUUGGAGACAAGAAGCGAGAUUUGAGUGGUUCAAAGAUGGAGAAAGAAACACAAGAUUUUUUUAUGUAGUAGUGAAAAAAAGAAGGUCAAGGUUAAAAAUUCAAAGAAUUCAAAAUGAAGAAGGUAGUUGGUUGGACAAUCAGGAUGAAAUAGCUGAAGCAGCAACAACUUUCUUCCAAAAGCAAUUUGAAAGCAGGAGAAUGUUGAAGACUUCUCAAUGUUGGAUAUUCUACCCAAGAUAG